AUGGCGCACAGACGAUUAGCCGGGCAGCUGUUGUGCGUUCUGCUUGUCCUCUCGAUCAUCGCUCUCGAUUGCGCGUCAUUAGUCUCGGCCGCGAAAAAGCGGCCUCGGUCGAGCUCGAGCGGUGGCGCUGCCUCACCUGGCAGCGCUCGCUCCUCCUCCUCAGCCAACUCAAAUUCUGGCAUUCCUCCGGCUUUCCUUCAGCAAGCCUCUACCUCUCCCCACGGCAUCAUCGAUCUGCCCAAUCCUCAAUCUUUUGUUCAGAUCACCUCUGGUGCUAGAAACUACUCCAGUGUGGUCCUGCUCACCGCGGUCAAGAGCGGUGUCUCUUGUCAACCUUGCAACACUUUUGCGCCUGUUUAUGAAACCCUUGCGAAAAGUUGGAAGAGCAAGAGCAGAGGUAGCUCAAAGGCAGACGUCAUCUUUUCGCUCUUGGAGUUCAAGGAUGGUCAAGAUGUGUUCAGACAGGUGAGCUGUUCACUUCGUGCAAUGUCAGACUUGCACAUCGCUGCAUGCGUCUUUGACUAUGCUGAUAGCAUACCUUCCGUGUGUCAUCUCUUUGCGUCUGCAUAGCUUCAACUCAGCUAUGCGCCAGUCCUGCUGUUCUUCCCUCCUACUUCGGGCCCCAAAGCGCGCGGAUCUGGACAGCCGAUCAAGUACGAUUUCAACCGUCUAGGCUUCGAAGGUCCGGAAGUGGCCUCCUUUCUCAGCGAUAAUUUAGGUUUUGCAUUUCCCUACGUCAAGCCAUUUCCCUGGAGCACUGUCCUUUCCUUCUUCGGUAGCGCGGGUGCGAUCGUGGCCUCUAUCAUUCUGCUGGCUCCAAAGAUCGCUCAGGCUAGAGGACAAGGUGUGGCGUCUAUUGCUAGCGCAGGCAGCAAACUGAUUUGGACUGCACUUUGCUUGGCGACCAUCGUCGUCAUGACCUCGGGCUACAUGUGGAACAGUAUCAGAGGAGCGCCCUACCUCAUGAUGGGACCCAAAGGAAAGCCCGAGUAUUUCGCUGCUGGCUUCCAAAAUCAGUAUGGCGCAGAAACGACGAUUGUUGGCGCAUUCUGUGAGUGGGCUUUCAUGGAGACAGACAAGCUUUGUGCUCGCUGACGAGAGAAAUUCUUCGCUUGGCCGCACGUCAUAGAUGCGCUUCUUGCAUUCUCCUUUGUCAGCUUGACCGUGUUUGUGCCGGCUCAGAGAGAUCCAGUCAGACAGCGCGCAGGCGUGUACGUCUGGAGCGUCAUCUUCCUCGCCACCUUCAGUCUGCUCUUUGCAGUGUUCAGAAUCAAAAAGUACGUAGUUAUAGAGAUGCCUUUCCGGAUGUGCUGCCUCUGUGUGCACCUAGCAUACAGGCUGCUGACUUGCCAAACUACGCUUCUUGCCAUACUCGGCUUCUUUCAGUCCUUCGUAUCCCUUCGUAAGUCUGUCCCGGUGAUCGCAAAGAGGCCUAUAGCUGACGAGCUACCUCACUAACUUUUACGUCACAGCGACUCUUCUUUUGA